AUGGGCCAAUCUGUGUCCGCUGCCGCCGCCGUCGCUAGCCGUCGCGAGAGGGACCAAGGCAGCCGCUCCGUCAACAUAUCCAAGACCAGAUCCACCGCCUCGGUUUCGCCGAUGGUCGGGUAUUCCUCCGGCACAGGUGAAUACGUCAGCCUUAACCGCCGCGUUGAGGUGGUAACCGAUGGAACCACCGACUACAUCUCCGAUCUUCCGAACGAGUGCUUGGCUUCGGUGUUUCAGUUUCUUAGCUCGGCCGAUCGGAACCGCUGCUCGCUCGUUUGCCGGCGGUGGCUCCAGAUCGAAGGACAGAGUCGUCACCGUCUCUCUCUGAACGCUGAAUCAGAGCUGUGUCCUGCAAUUCAGUCUCUCUUCUCUCGGUUCGACUCGGUGACGAAGUUGGCGCUGAAGUGCGACCGCAGAUCCGUUAGCAUACGCGACGACGCACUCGUGCUGAUCUCGCAGCGGUGCCCUAACCUCACGCGCCUCAAGCUCCGCGCGUGCCGCGAGCUCACCGAUGCCGGAAUGGAAGCGUUUGCGAAGAACUGCAAGGGAUUGAAGAAACUCUCGUGCGGAUCGUGCACGUUCGGAUCCAAAGGAAUGAACGCGGUGCUCGACAACUGCGCCUCGCUUGAGGAGCUCUCCGUGAAGCGCCUCCGUGGAAUCACUGACGCGGCGGCGGCGGAAGCUAUCGGACCUGGUGUCGCAGGGGCGUCGUUGAAGACCGUUUGCUUGAAGGAGCUCUACAACGGACAGUGUUUCGGAACGCUGAUUCUCGGCGCGAAGAAUUUGAAGACCUUGAAGCUUUUCCGGUGCUCCGGCGAUUGGGACCGGCUCUUUCAAUUAAUGGCAGAUCGAAUCACUAGCAUGGUUGAGGUUCACCUCGAGAGGCUUCAGAUUACGGACACUGGAUUGCAAGCAAUCGCGAAUUACUCGAGUUUGGAGAUUUUGCAUCUUGUUAAGACACCUGAAUGUUCUGAUAUUGGACUUGUUGCUAUUGGUGAUAGAUGCAAGCUUUUGCGGAAGCUUCACAUUGAUGGAUGGAAGGCUAAUCGAAUUGGCGAUGAGGGGUUGAUAGGUGUUGCUAAAGGUUGCCCUAAUUUGCUUGAAUUAGUACUAAUUGGGGUUAACCCUACCAAGGCGAGUUUGGAAAUGUUGGCAUCUAAUUGCCAGAAUCUUGAACGGUUGGCUUUGUGUGGAAGUGAUUCGGUUGGUGAUCCCGAGAUAUCUUGUAUUGCUGCUAAGUGUGUGGCUUUGAAGAAACUUUGUAUCAAGAGUUGUCCUGUUUCUGAUCAAGGGAUGGAGGCAUUGGCGAAUGGGUGUCCCAAUUUGGUGAAAGUGAAGGUUAAGAAGUGUAAGGGGGUUACCCCUGAGGGUGGGGAUUGGUUGAGGAGGACUAGGGGGUCAGUUGCUGUUAAUUUAGAUACUGGUGAGGCAGAACUUCAGGAAGCUAGUGCUAGUGAUGGAGGGGCGCAGGAAAAUGGUUUAGAGUUUCCUCAAAUGCCUGCCCAAAUUGCAGCGGCAGCAGCAUCAGCAUCGGCCAGCACUGCCCGGUCUAGUUCCUUCAAGUCAAGGUUAGGGCUGUUAUCUGGGAGGAGCUUAGUGGCUAGCACUUUGAGGAGAUGGUCUGGUGGUAGCACUAGUGCACGCCAUAGUUAG